AUGUGGUCGAGACAGUUGCUGCACGUGGCGCUCUUUGCAGUUUGCUGCUGUACGUGGCCACAAUGCAGCGCCGGCCCACGUCUGAGUGAUGAAUUCAUCUGGGGAAACCGUGACGACAGGACGGAUCGCGUGUGCAUAUCCCAAUCGGUUGUUAUCCAGCCCACUUGGGAAGCAUUCUUUAGCUUCUUUCGCCCCGUCACGAGACUUGUGACUUUCGUUCCUCCUCGGCCGGAUCAGGUGGUACGCUACAUACGCGUGUGGACGGAUGCACCGUGGUAUCGGUUUCGGGCCGAACUGUUACACGGUGGCGUUGGUGUGAAGGCCCCGAUUGUGACGAUCAUUCAGCUUAGCCGACACUGGAUGCUGUUUGCAAAUAUUGUGGUUUAUUGCUCAACAGUACCACCAUAG